AUCGGCUUCGUCCACUCGGGUAAUCUGGGUCGGGUUUUUUCGCUCCGAGGAGGACAUCGUCUCUUGUGUACAUCUCACUUCCGUGUUUGGUGUGUCCCCACGAAGGGUUUACGCUUUUCUUCGAAUAUACAAAUAAUCAAGUGUUGCUUCAGAGAUGGCUAUGGUGAAGAGUGGCUGGCUCCACCGACAAAGCACCAUACUUCGUCGGUGGAAAAGAAACUGGUUUGACUUGUGGGCUGACGGACGACUUGUCUUCUACAACGAUCAGCAACGCCGCGACAUGGAGGACGAUAUUCACAUGAGGGUCGACUGCAUCAACAUCCGCAACUCUGCUGCAUGUCAAGAGCUGAACCCACCGGAGGGAAAGAUGCGAGAUGCCCUGCUCCAGAUAGUGUGCAGAGACGGACGGGUCAUCAGCCUGUGUGCAGACAGUGCGGACGAUGCUCUGGCAUGGACCAUGGCACUUCAGGAUGCCCGAAUCAAUGCAGUGGUCGCUGCUCCUCAGAUCAACUUUGCACAGGAAGUGAUGGCGUCUGCUCCACCCCCCUACUCAGAAUAUGCACCCCCACCUCAGGCUUAUGCCCCAGGCCCGUAUGGAGACUAUGCUGCACCUCCCCCACAUGCUACCCAGAUUGUAUACUCUCCUGAUGGGCAGCCCUAUGCUGUUGCUUAUCCUUACCAGUACCAAGGUGCGUACCCUUCUCCGGGAGUGAACCACGUCAUUAUUCAGGAGCGUCAGCGCAACGAUGGAGGAGAUGUAGCUCUGGGCAUGCUCACUGGAGCGGUGACUGGUUUGGCACUUGGCUCUCUCUUCUCUGUCUUUUAGUGUCUUGAUUAACGUACAAUUAGUAGCACAUAAUUCCCCCCGUCUGCACAGAAUUUGGCUUCUUCCUUGUGCCCUCACAUGAGUUGGAGAGAAAUGUGUCUGUUGGGCUACUUCCAUCAAUGAAGCAUGAUUGUGAUGGGCAGGCAAACUACUCAAUGUGUCCUUUACAUACAGCGAAUACUGUUAGCACUUUCUAAUCUGCCCUCUGGCAGUUUCCCCACUCCCUUUGUGUCGUCUGAAAAUGAAUGUUUUUAAUCAAAACAAAUAGUUAUUCACUUUAAGAGUUAUUUGAAUGAUGGGAAAGAUUCUACUCGUUAUGAACACUUCUGGUCUUCAUCGGGUUUGUUUCUGUUUCAUGGAGCACAUUUAUCAUUUGUAUUUGCAGGAUUACAACAGCCAUGAAUUGAUAUUUGUUUUACUUUUUUUACAUAGUGUUUGUGUUUCGGUUUACUGUACCUUCUCUGAUUUAAUUUGACAUGUUUUGGUUGUGAGUAUACAGUGUUUUUUCUCAGCUCAUUAGGUUAUUUGUGGCAGAUAAGAUGAGAUGAGAGUUGUGUUAGGGGGAACGUGCACACAAAGCAAUAAUCACCGUCACUGUAGCAUGAUGGAAUCUGGUUGAGAUGGACGUCUGGUGUUGUCUUCACAAAUACUUCUGUAUGAGGAAACACUGGCAAGGGAAGGGAAAAGGGACGUCACUCCUCUCGACUCAUAUGUAUAUUUGCAUGCAUUAUUUAUGGUCCUGUUUUCAUUGGCAGCUGUGGAAUAAUACUUUUCAUUUCUUUUGUAAAGUUUGUCUGACCUCAGUAUUUUAUUUUCAUUUCAAUGUGCAUAAAAUACUUAAUCAUCCCUCGAGAUUUAGCUACAUUUCAAAUUGGCCACGACUUUACAUUUUCUCUCCAAACGACUUGAAUGUUUUCAUUUCCAUUAUUCAUCUUAAUUUUGGCUGCACAUAUUCACUUCAACAUGGCAACUUCUGCUACAUGUAAACCCUUUGGUUUGCUUUUCAAAUAAAGACAUGGCAUACGUUCAAUAAUGACAAGAACCCAAUAGAUGUAUACGACAAAUGAUUUCAGUUUUACAGAUGAUCAGAUUGUGCAAGCAGCGUAACACUGAUGUCAUUUUUCUACAGGUCUUGAAUUGAUGUAAAAUAAAUUCUAUUUCUCUUAACAAAUGUACUUAAUAAAUAAUGAUUUAUCCUGCAUUUAAAACGAAA